AUGCGCUUCUCAUCUUCUCCAUUGCCGCUGGCAAUACUCUCAUAUCUCCCAUCUCUACCCACAAGCGCGGCAGAACCAGAGAAGAAAGGCAAAUGCCAGGCCAACACCGACAUAAGCCUCAAAUGGCACGCCCCAGCCCAGACCAAAAUCAACAGCCUCUCCAGCGCCAUCAACGGCACGGGCAUCUACGGCUUCAUCUUCAAUUCCAGCCAAAGCCCACCGGACACCAAUUACAACUGGUGCAACAUGCCCCACAUCAACCCAACCACCUACGUCCGUCCGGACUCCAGCUACAAACUCGCCUACGUCGAAAUUAUCCACCGCCACCACAAACGCACCCCUUACGCGGACAACACCUUCCCCCACGAAACCUACCCCUGGGACUGCUCAGAUGAGGGCCUCUUCUACGGCGGCCGGCCCCUGAACCCCUCCGGCAACGACUCCGCCUCCACCUACUGGGACGUCUACACCUCCCCCUCUAACCCCCUCGCCCCAGCAGGAUUCAACGGGACGUGCCAAUUCCCGCAGAUAACCCGUGGCGGCCUAGACGACAGCCAUCAGCACGGCGCCGACUUAUUCGCCGUCUACUCAUCUUUGCUCAACUUCCUCCACUCGACCUACGAUCCAGAACAAACGACCUUCCGCGUCACAAACAACGUAAUAACCUCCCAAGUCGCCUCCAUGCUCGUGGCAGGCAUGUACCCCUCCCUCGCCUCCACCCUCAUACCCCUUCAGAUCCAAUCCGCGAGCAUUGACUCCCUCGAACCAGCCUACCCCUGCUCAGCCGCUGACGCCCUCUCCUCACGCUACGGCGUCGGCUCAACGAACCCAACCUGGACCGCCCACCUCAGCGCUUCGACCAGUCUAAAGAAACGUCUCGACAAGAUCUCAGGCGUCAACCCCAACGCCACAAAUUGGAGCCAAAGCUGGGACCACUACUUCGACAACCUCUCCUCCCGCCUGUGCCAUCAGAAACCCCUGCCAUGCUCCGCCACCAACCCAGAAAACUGCGUGACGCAGGAAAUGGCCAACUCCGUCUUCCGCUUGGGCGAGUGGGAAUACGACUUCCUCUACCGCUCUGCCCGGCAAUCUCUCGAGUUCAGCAAGUCGAGCUUCGGGAUCUGGAUCGCGGAGCUGGCGGACAACCUACGCUCUGCCACCGAAGGUGAAAGAGAUGGUCUGGCCAGGUAUGGGCGCCGAAGUAGCUUUUGA